CGGGGGCAGCCCGAGGCCGAGGGCGCCGCGUGUGGCGAAGCGCCGGCCGGCGGCGCGGUACGGCGCGGCGCGGUACGGUACGGCACGGCCCGCCCCGCCGCCAUGAAGUGCCACUACGAGGUGCUGGGCGUGAAGCGCGACGCGGCCGAGGAGGAGCUGAAGCGGGCGUACCGCCGGCAGGCGCUGCGCUGGCACCCAGAUAAAAACCUAGAGAACGCGGAGGAAGCAGCGGAGCAGUUCAAGUUAAUCCAGGCAGCGUACGACGUUCUCAGUGACCCCCAGGAAAGGGCCUGGUAUGAUAAUCACAGGGAGAUUCUGCUGAAAGGAGGACUUGAUGGAGACUAUCAAGAUGAUAGUUUAGAUCUGCUGCGCUACUUCACUGUUAGCUGUUACUCUGGAUAUGGAGAUGAUGAAAAGGGAUUCUUUACAGUCUAUCGACAAGUUUUUGAAAAGAUUGCAAAAGAAGAGCUGCAAUAUACAACCCAAGAAGAUACUGAAGAAUUCCCUAUGUUUGGAUAUUCGCAAAGUGACUAUGAUACGGUAGUCCACCCUUUCUAUGCAUAUUGGCAGAGUUUCUGUACUCAGAAAAACUUUGCCUGGAAAGAAGAAUAUGACACACGACAAGCCUCAAACCGCUGGGAGAAACGAGCUAUGGAAAAAGAGAACAAGAAAACAAGAGAUAAAGCCAGAAAAGAGAGAAAUGAACUGGUCCGUCAGCUAGUAGCCUUUAUUCGUAAAAGGGAUAAAAGAGUACAGGCUCACAGAAAACUUGUAGAACAACAAAAUGCAGAAAAAACUAGGAAAGCAGAGGAAUUUCGGAGGCAGCAGAAACUCAAACAAGCCAAGCUUGCUGAGCACUAUGAAGAGCAGAGCUGGAUAACGAUGUCAGAUCUGGAGAGAGGGUUGCAAGAGAUGGAGGCACAAUAUGAAAAGGAAUUUGGAGAUGGAUUAGAUGAUGAAAAUGAAUUAGAAGAACAGGAGACAAAAGGCAUUGGAGACAAAGUGAAUGAUGAAACUGGAGAAGCUGAAUUUGUUGAUGGUCUGUACUGCCCUGCUUGUGACAAACUGUUAAAAACUGAGAAAGCCAUGAAGAAUCAUGAAAAAUCAAAGAAGCAUCGAGAGAUGGUAGCACUGUUACGACAGCAACUGGAAGAAGAAGAGAGGUUUCCUGUGUCUUUGGAUGAUGCAGAUGAAAUACAUACCAAAGAGGAGGAAGAAACAGAAGAUGUGUCUAAGCAGAAAUUGUCAAAGAAGCAGAGGAAGAAACAGAAAACAGUGAUGACUUAUGAGGACUCUUUUGAUAGAAGUACUGAUGAAGAAACAGCUGAACAAAAGGAGGUGCCCAGCAUGGACAAGGACAGUGGCUCAGCAGAGGAGCUGGUAAAUGAUGGCCAAAGAUGUGCCAUGUCAGAGGAUGCAAGUGCUACAGAAGAUGUUGGCCAAGUGAAUGAAGCAACAGCUGAAGUAAAAAGCAGUGCUAAGCUUAAAGGAAAAAAAGCCAAGGAUGCAAAAAAGUCUGCUAAGGCAUCUUCAGAGCACCCAACAACGAACGAAGUUCCCUUCUACUGUGUAACCUGCAACUGUGCAUUUCCAUCCCGAAAUAAACUGUUUGAACACCUAAAAGCCACAAAACAUGCAAAAGCCACACAAGCACCAGCUGUAAAUGGAGCUGUAAACACCAGAAACAAAAAAGAGAAACGUAAGAACAGAUAGAACUUUGUUACAGUGACAGUCUUCUGUACAUGAAAACUCUCCCAAAACUGAAGGGUGCACACUGCCUGUGUCCAGAGUUAAACAAGCAAGACUACUUAUGGGAAAAAAAGGAAGAUGCAACAAAAAGAGUAUUUUCUUGUGAAGGAACCUGUGCUUUCUUCUGGUUUUAUCUGCCUUUCUUUAAUUACUAGAUUUGACCUGUCAUCUCAGCCGCUUUCACAUUGGGGGUGGAGAAACAGUAAGUCACAGCUACUCACCUUGUAUUCCUGUAGAAACUUUCCACACACAGAAAAUAAUUUCUUCUUUUAACACUUGCUGCCUUUCUUUGGAGAUGGCUGAGCUCAGCCAACAGAAGGGCCUGUGUUUCUUUGAUCAUUUAUUAAAGACGAAACAUCACCAAGACAUGGAAAACCACAGGCUUUUCUUCUGCCAUCCCCAAGGGCCCUUUCAAAUUACUUAAUUACAUUAUAAACAGCAGACAGAAGGGCAAAAGAGUAAAAUGACAAUGCUGGUUAAUCAGUUUUGACAAUUCCUGUUGGUUUUGUACAUCUACCUGCAUGAUGUGUUGCGAAAAAACAAGUCUAGUGGAAGAGCCUUGCUGGAAUAAAUGAAGGUAGAAAUAAUAAAUAAAUAUGAGUGAAUAAAUUAAAUUUGUUCUGAUUUCUAGUGAAAAACAUAGGAAUUGGUAUUGCACUCUGUUCAAGUGCAUGAUCUACCUGAUCUUGAGUAGCACAAAAAAAAAAAAAAAAAACAAAACAUGUUUUUCAAGUGGAAAUGGGUUUUACACAGGAAUUGUCAGUGCAGUUGGAGAAGGCAGUGCUCAGCAAGGGCUGUAUGUUGCUUAGCAAGCCCGUAGAGUGAAAUUUUCCAGACAUGAUGAUCUUGCAUUAACUAAGUUCCUCUAAAGUUUCAACUCAUCACGCAAAAUGGUAGAAUAUUCUCCUUCACCCACAAGUUCACAUGUAAUAUUUAUUUAGUCAAGGAAUUAUUUAAAUGUUAGAAUUUGAAUGAAAGUGGAAUGAUAAAUGUACAGCUCUUACUGACUGUCCACAAUGUGAUUUUUUUUUUUUUUUUUUUUGGGAAACUGGAAGAAGUAAUUAACUGAGACAUUAAAAAAAAUUAUUAUGUGAGAAAGAAACGUGGCAUCCUAUUUCACCAGCCAGAGUUUUCAUCUUUGCUAAAUGACUAAUAGAUGUGCUGUGCAAUCACAUAAACAGCAGAUGGAAAAGAAAAGCCUGUGUUGGAGAGGAUGAUGACUGGAUUAGAGUCCCAUGAGAAAAAUAAUUACUGUAAUUAGAAACUUUUCAACUUUGUGCAAAUUUAUUUUUUUUUCAUGCUCUAAUUACAGUGUAUCCUUGCAGUCAGGGUAAACAGUUUAAACUCUGAAACCUCCAGUUAUGUUCUGCUCAGGGUGACCGGCUAUGCUUAUGCAAGUGAAAUCUUACAGACUGAACCCUGCAGUAUUACUUUUUGACUUAAUUUUUUUUCUUAUUUAAAUAAAAAUAAACUUGUGUGUUUUGCAA